AUGAGUUUGUAUUCACUAGGUUGUUGUGUUAAAAAUUUUUUUUUUUUUUUUAUUUUUUUUUAUAACGCUCAUGAGCUAAGUAAUCGGCUUCUUAAUGCGUUGGAUAGCAAUUACAAUGUCGUCGACAUGCAAGCAGUUAAUGAAAUUAUAUCAAUUUUGGAGAAAUUCAAUAUUACAAAAGAGCUGUUGGAGACCACCCGAUUAGGCAAGCACGUGAAUGAACUGAGGCGUAAGACUAGCGAUCCCACACUCGCUCGUCGCGCCAAGGUGCUCGUCAAGAGAUGGCGGGAUCUCGUUAUACCUGCUGUAGCGUCGCCAGCUCACGCCGGUUCCAACCGAUCUUCAGCAGAACGAAGCACUCGACGACCUGGCGGCACCCCCCUCACCUCGCCGGCUCUUAUUAGGCAAGGUUUGAGUCCCGCCGUGCCCAGCCCACGACUGCCGUCGAGGCCAGCAUGGGGCGGUUACGAGUCAGACUCCCAGGAUGUAAUCCUGGUGGAUGACGACCCACCACCACCACCACCUGUACUCACACACGCACACAAACCUGCUACGCCGCCCGUGAAACGCGCACUCACUCCAGAGUCAGUCGAUGACGACAAAAAAGCCAAACGGGACAAGAAGCUCAAAAAACGAAGGGGUCACGGCAGAGCUGGUUCUGGCGUAGAAACGACAAUACCAGCAGUCCCUGGGGUGCCCCAAAGCCCGGUAGGCAUCCCAAAUACCACAGCAUCGCCCGCGGCCAAUAAUGCUUGGCCGUCCAGAAAUGGAUCUGGCCCGGAAAGGCGGAAAAAUGGCUGGAGAAGGGAUAAACCGGACCCAUAUGCUGCUCUGGUCAAUAGGAUACCACCAGCUGGUGGCAAAAAGGUAAAAACGACAGCAGAACUGCUGGAGCAGAUCCAGUCACGGACGGGGGGCAAAGCUAGUGCACCCCCCUCGCCCAAUUCUCCUCACUCGCCUGACGUCAUGCUAAUAGAGCCCGACGAACCACCAGUGAGCGUGGAUUCGCCCUUGCGGAAUGGGGAAAGCGAAGCCCCCCCAGAACCUCAAUGGCUUAUUGAGCCCCUCGAGGACGAGCGGGAAUGGGCCCCCUGUAUAUGCGACCCGGACGUAGGACCCGAUCCCGCUUGUCCGGCCGACUCUCCCACCAUCGUUCAGCCGGAACACGUCCACGCCCUGCAUCACGCCUAUCUCCCUGGGGUCAAUGGCACCCGCGCCCCCCUCCACCCUCAUAAGUUCGCAGUUCGACCAUCCAUCGACCCCCAAGACCCUACUCUCUUCUCGACAGUCGUCCCCCUCUAUAAUUAUUCAGACUACGCUAACGAUUUCUGUGUCAAGAAUAUGUCUCGGCUCCCGCUAUGUCUGCAUAUUCCCGCAACAGAAUUUGCCCCCUCGCCUCCUUCGCCUCCACCCAGACCACCACCACCCUCCCCCCGACCUUACCCCAUCGAAGACGUCAAAGUUGAAGAUGAGGCCUCGUCACCUAGUCUUAUCAAAACUGAAUCUGAAAUAGAAACAGACAUAAAGCCAGAGAUCAAUGAGAGGUUGAAUCCUUCCCCGACCCAAAAUGUUGAUAAAGAGCCAACGAUAGAAGUUAAAGAAAUUAAAGAAGAACCACAACAACAGUUCUCUGUCACAUCCCCAGGACACAGAACAGUGGAAAGAACGAAAGAAAACAAUGAAGGUCUCAGUGAUCCCAUUGAGGAUCAAAUGGACCUGGAUGUCAAAGAAGAAAAAGUAGUGCAAAAAGUUUUAGAACCAGCUACUGUCAAUCUAGACGGUAGGACUUUGUAUGAAAACUGUGUGUCUUGUGUAAAUUCAGUGCCGUUUAGGUAUGAGAACGCGUCGUGUGCCCCAGUCCUGACGUUUCCUAGGGAAGAUGUGUCGGAUAGUGUGAAAAAUGCCUUAGAGAGCGUUGAAACUGAGCGGGAUGAGAUAGGCCGGCCCGUUAAAGCUACGCACUUCGCGGAAUGGCACGAGUGUGCGAAGCUCGGUGACCUGAUAGCCCUUCCGUACGUCGUCAUCGACUGA